AUGAUGUUGGCUCUUCCAAAGGGCUUUGUUCCACCAGACCUGCUGGAGGCAGGUGGUUUCGCUGGAGAGGCAGAUUUUGUGGGACCCUCUCAUCUAUUGAAGGUUCCGGUUGUCUUGGAGGAGGAAGAUGGUUCCCAUGUCUCUCUAGACUUCGACAUCGAGGUGAUGCUAGUGGACUUUCAUGGAUCUGUGGCAGAAAAUCUCAGAGGUUUCGACCCUGUCACCGAAGGCCCGGGGAUUGCUGGUUUUUGCGAGGACCUACCCCGAGCCAAACUCCUUGCGGUGCAGUUCUACUCAGCCGACGAGGCUCAACAACUCUCAGGAGAGGGGGGCUCCGUCUACUCCCGUGAUCCCCAAGCAGUCAAAGCAGAAGGCCACAACCCCUGCAAAGAGGGUGACCACGGCAGUGUUGGCAGAGCAGUUAGCAGGACUAGCAUCCAGUCUCCCUGCUUUAUCUACGCAGCUUGCCCAGAUGGAAAAGAGACAGGAGAAGGUCGAGCCCUUGUUGCAACCCAGGCCGUGCCACAGCCGUUCAGCUCCCAGGCACCCAAUGCCAGCCGGUUCUUGCGGCAUGUUGGCAGCCCUCCCAGACUGAAGACUCCUGCCCAAGGAGCGGUAGCUCAGGCCGAUGCUCAGCCAGUCGCCCUUCCCUCCCAUCCCGACUACCAGCCGAGGAUGGGCCAGGUCUCACAGGGUACAGAUGCCUACAGCAUGUCCGAGCUCCUCUUGCAACAGUCUCAAGCUUUGACAAUGCUGGUGUCUCAGAUUGCUUCAAACGAUGGACUGCACGACCUAGGAGGAGCAACAAGUUCUACUUCGCUAUCCCUUCGAGGAUCCACGAAGAGAGAGAAGCUGAUCUGCGAACUGGCAGGGAGAAAGGGGGAUUUUUUCCUCAAGAUCGCCCAGAAUGCAUUCCGCAGGAUGAAACCCUCAGAUCCAGUGCCUAUGAGCCUUGCAGACUUCCAAGGGAGAACUCUGUUCACGAAGUAUGUGGAGAAGAGCGGAGGUUUCCAGGGACAGAGGGACUUUGGCUUGGUCAUGUGGCUCCUGGCCCAUAUUGCGGCUGCGGACUACAAAGGAGCGCAAGAACUGUUAGCGUUGACCCUGGUCACAAUCGAGCAAGCAGCACAGGAUGGAGGAAAAUGGGAUGUGGCCUGGCUUCUGUCCCUUCAGGAGGACCCUCCUCCUGGAGUUUUCCAAGCUCGUCCGGCAGCUACCAAUCCCAGGUUGAGGGCGUUCGCCCCCUUGUGUCCACCAGAGUGGGCCACAGUGGCAUUGGCUUAUGUCAAGGAAGUGGCCUCAUCAACUCCCGCUGCCAGCAAAGAAGGUCCCUCACACAAACAAGGGAUAUCUACCUCGAGCUCUACACGUUGGAGUAAGAGGACUUUUUCAUUUGCUACUUGGUCGGCUUCUUUGCUGAAACAAGUUCUGUCCUCAAGGACACCUUUUGCAGAAUUCGUCAAAACUACUCUCCAUAGUCACAGUAUGCGUGAUGCUGCAACUGAACAAGCCCUUUUUCCACUACCUGUGCCAAAACCUGGGAUCUUCAGACACACGAAAUGUGGGUCACGCCAGCGAAGAAGGUUGAGCUUUGACCAGGCAUUCCAUAUCAUCGUGAUGGCCCUCAACUUCUGGCAUGCAGACUGCUCCUUUGUUCUGCUGGCUUCAAUGGCAAGGACGCCUACAAGAUCACAGGCAGAGGCUUUAGAGUAUCUCCGGGAUGUGGUCAGGGCUUCCGGUAGCUCUCGGGAAGAGUUUCUUGUACCUCAGGGUGGCCGUAGACUUCCCACCUUGGUGUCGCUCCUGGAUGAGCUGUCAGACUUUUUUUGA